AUGGCUAGAUUCACCCAGACUGAAGAGAGAAGACAGCAGCAGCAGCAGCAGCAUCCUCAGCCUGCCCACGCCAGCCUGCUCCUCACUACUGGACCUGGGGCGGUACCGAGCCAGGCAGCGGCACCACUGCUCCUGAUCCCGCACCAGCCCCAGUACGCGCACACCGCCUUCCCCAAGCCCAUGAACGGCACGGAGCACAUCCACUCCAUCCACUCCAUCCACUCCGACAACGGCACCAUGAAAGACCAGGAUGCCAUCAAGCUCUUCAUAGGACAGAUCCCACGCAAUUUGGAGGAGAAGGACCUCAAACCUCUUUUCGAACAGUUUGGAAAGAUCCACGAAUUGACUGUCCUUAAGGACCGCUAUACCGGCAUGCACAAAGGCUGUGCGUUCCUUACCUACUGUGCUCGAGAAUCAGCCAUCAAAGCCCAGAAUGCAUUGCACGAACAGAAGACUCUACCGGGGAUGACACGGCCUAUUCAGGUGAAGCCUGCUGAUAGUGAGAGUCGAGGAGAGGACAGGAAGUUGUUUGUAGGGAUGCUGAAUAAACAACAGACAGAAGAGGACGUGUACCGCCUUUUUGAGCCCUACGGAGUUAUUGAAGAAUGCACGGUAUUAAGAGGCCCUGAUGGAAACAGUAAAGGUUGUGCCUUUGUAAAGUUUUCAACACACACUGAAGCUCAGUCAGCUAUCAGCGGGCUACAUGGAAGCCAGACCAUGCCUGGAGCUUCUUCCAGUUUGGUGGUGAAGUUCGCUGAUACCGAUAAAGAGAGAACCAUACGGCGCAUGCAACAGAUGGUCGGCCAGUUUGGCAUCUUCAACCCCACCGUGGCCCUGCCUUUCAGCACCUACAGCAGUACCUACAGUUCUUAUACACAUGCGCUGAUGCAGCAGCAGGCUGCGAUUAUGGCUGCAUCUCAUGGUGGUUAUUUAGCGCCCAGCGUGGCGUUUCCUGCGACACAGAUUCACCAGGUGGGGGCACUCAACAUGAACGGUUUGCCGCCCACCACCAUGACACCUGUUUCAGGUUUGAGCUCUCCACCAGCAAAUCUGGCCUCCUCUGCCGUGCCAAGCAUCAUGACGCCCAUAGUUAACGGAUUCAGUGGAAUUCCUCACCAACACAACGGUCACCCAGUAGAGGCAGUUUACACCAACGGCCUGCCUCCAUACUCCACCCAGAGCCCCACCGCAGCAGAUACUUUACAGCAGGCCUUCACAGGCAUCCAGCAAUAUACAGCCAUAUAUCCUGCCACAACACUGACCCCUAUAGGUCAAACACUGCCACAACCAGCUCAAAUUAUCCAGCAACAACAACAGCAGAGGGAAGGUCCCGAGGGCUGUAAUCUUUUUAUCUAUCACCUACCGCAAGAGUUUGGCGAUAACGAGCUGAUGCAGAUGUUUCUUCCGUUCGGUUCCGUCAUCUCAUCAAAGGUGUUCAUGGACCGAGCCACCAAUCAGAGCAAGUGUUUCGGAUUUGUGAGCUCGAUAAUCCCGCCAGCUCAGGCCGCCAUCCAGUCCAUGAGCGGCUUCCAGAUCGGCAUGAAACGCUUGAAAGUGCAGCUGAAACGGCCAAAGGACGCUAGCCGUCCAUACUGAUGAAAACCAGGGAUGCACUAAUGCACUCUCAGCCAUCAGGAGAGCAGGUUUUGAACAGUUGUAGUCUUGAUGUUUUGACAGAUGGAAACUUUUCUUGAAAAACCAACACAUGAAAAAAGACGAAAUAA